AUGUAUUUCGCCAAGCAAUACCGCAACCACAACUUGGUGUACAUCCUGCUGGCCGUCGAGCUAGUGAUAGUGAUCCCCAUUCUCACAUUUGCUGGAAUUGCUGCGCAUGAUCGCGUCUUCGUCGUGAUCACAAAAUUCCCUCUUCAUAUCCUUGGGCUCCUAUUACCCUUCGGAACCGCUAUCGUUCAGGCCGGCAUGGUUACUAUAUACUGCAUAUCGGCCGCGUGGCAAGCUAGCAGCGAUAAAUCAGACCCCGAACACCCCCAAAACGGGGCUCCGUGGUAUAUCACCAAGAACUGCAAUGUUGCCUACGACAAAAGUAACGUCUCAUAUUGCCAACAAGGAAAGGCGCUUUUCGCAUUCACGAUACUCAUCAUCGUCUUGUACACGGUCGAACUAGGUAUCGCCGUCCAGAACUGCUUCAUAACCGAGGAGGAACGCCUCGAGCGCGAUGAGAGACGAGAAGAGAAAGAGACCAUGAAAGCCUACGAGGACAUAAUCUUGAAAUCGCCUACUGCGUUCCCCAUGUCGCCCAGCGCAGUUCCAAUGACACCAAGUGCAAUGCCCAUGACUCCAGGGACGGCCACAUACCCGCGUGCGCCGAUGCCAGUGGCAACCCCGCGCAGCUUGGCCUUCAACAGACUCGACUCCAGUUCCACCAAUGAUCUUCCACUCCGCGAACACUUCUCACCGGAUCCUCAAGCAGUUAAGCAGGAGGUGGAGGCCACCGGGGCAGGAUCAGGCCAACAGCAGCCGUCUCAGAUAUACUUCCCGCCGCCUCCAAAGAAGGGAAAGAAAUAA